AGCAGAGCUGCUAUAAGUACCGCUGCAGACCCAGCAGCUUCGUCACACAGGCCUCUCUCCACUCUCCUUGAGCUAUACUACAUUACACGAGCUGGUCAGCUGUAGGUGAGCUAGUGAGCAUGGCGCGGUUUGCUGCGCUCGCCGCGCUUCUGCUCGCCGUGGCGGUGGGCGGCGCCGCGGCGCAGGGCGUGGGCUCCGUCAUCACGCAGUCCAUGUACGCGAGCAUGCUGCCCAACCGCGACAACUCGCUGUGCCCGGCCAGGGGGUUCUACACGUACGACGCCUUCAUCGCCGCCGCCAACACCUUCCCGGGCUUCGGCACCACCGGCAGCGCCGACGAUGUCAAGCGCGAGCUCGCCGCCUUCUUCGGCCAGACCUCACACGAGACCACCGGCGGGACGAGAGGCGCCGCCGACCAGUUCCAGUGGGGCUACUGCUUCAAGGAGGAGAUAAACAAGGCCACGUCCCCACCCUACUAUGGACGGGGACCCAUCCAAUUGACAGGGCAGUCCAACUACGAUCUCGCCGGGAGAGCCAUCGGGAAGGACCUGGUGAGCAACCCGGACCUGGUCUCUACGGACGCGGUGGUGUCGUUCAGGACGGCGAUGUGGUUCUGGAUGACGGCGCAGGGCAACAAGCCGUCAAGCCACGACGUCGCCCUAGGCCGCUGGACGCCGACGGCCGCCGACACCGCUGCCGGUCGGGUGCCCGGAUACGGCGUGAUCACUAAUAUCAUCAACGGCGGGCUCGAGUGUGGCAUUGGCCAGAACGAUGCCAACGUCGAUCGCAUCGGCUACUACAUGCGCUACUGCAGCAUACUCGGCACGGCCACCGGGGGCAACCUCGACUGCUACACCCAGCGAAACUUCGCUAGUUAGACAGUGUAUCCACGCCUUAUGAAUAAGUGUCUAUACUUAUGCCAUUGUGGAAUAAAUAAUUCAACAUGUGAUCAGUUGAUUCGUAUGGUAAUACGACUAAGUUGUUGCAACAAAUUAUGGAAAUUAAAUAAAAUCAGAUGAUAUUGUUAUGUUGUGUA